AUGACCACACGCCUCAAUAUGACCACACGCCUCAAUAUGAACAGACACCACACGCCUCAAUAUGACCACACGCCUCACUAUGACCACACGCCUCAAUAUGACCACACGCCUCACUAUGACCACACGCAUCAAUAUGACCACACGCCUCAAUAUGACCACACGCCCACACAACCCACUAUGACCACAAGCCUCACGCAUCAAUAUGACCACACGCCCCACUAUGACCACACGCAUCAAUAUGACCACACGCCUCACUAUGACCACACGCAUCAAUAUGACCACACGCCUCAAUAUGACCACACGCCCCACUAUGACCACACACCUCACUAUGACCACGCGCCUCAAUAUGAACACACACCACACGCCUCACUAUGA